CUUUUCUCAAGAGGUGAUUUUUGAUAAUCACUCAACUGACGAAUCAAAAUCUCUUCAGACAUUAGGGUAUCAAACAGUAAAUUUGGGUAUCCUAGCUAAUUUUGGUAAACAAUGAUCUCAUUACUAAAAUUUGUUAAUUUAACAAAUGUGAAACAAUAAUAAGAAAAUAAUUAUGAAAAGAAAACGUCCAACUUAACAAUUCAAACCAAAAUAAAAAGAAAACUUCCAAAAAGGAAAAAAGGUAAUAGAAAGAAGAAAAAAACCAUAAUUAUUCUUGUUUUCCGUUUUCUUCCUCCACAAAAUUCACAUUCCAUUGAAAGAGAGAAGAAGAGAAAUAUGGCGUUACAGAGAUCAACGGCGUCUUUUAGGAGACAAGGAUCGUCAGGACUCAUCUGGAACGACAGGUUCUUGAGCGGAGAAAUUCGCAAUGACGAAAGACAAGAAGACCGGUGCAACGAUCAUCGUGACGGAUCAAUGGCGGCUACGGCGGCGACAGUGAAACGUAGCGCAUCAGACGGAGGAUGUGGCCAUGGUGGAAUAUUGGGGGAGAUAUCUCCAGCGUUGGAUCCACCUUCUCCUAAAAUAUCUUCCGUUGGUUGUGGCUUUUGUUCUCUGUUUUCGUCUGAUAGGAGAAGAAGAAGCAGAGGAAGGAGAAGAUCAAGCGGUGGAAGUACAUAAUUAUCUUAAAGGGUAAUUAAUUAACGUAAUUGCAACGUUGAGAUCAUAUGUAGGAUUUGAUUAUGUUCUUCUCUCUUAUGUGAAAAAUUUCGAAACCUUGAUGGAUAAAGCUAAGGAUGGCUUUUGGUUUCAAGAGAAGGCUUAUUAUAGAUUGAUCCUUACAAAAAUGUGUUUGUUUGUGUGUUCUCAUCGAUUUAUCAAUCAAGUAAGUAGUCUUCUGCAAAUCUGUUUUGGAAUUAGUCAUGGUGCUAAAGCCGGAGACCAAAAUAGUUUGAAUGGUAUUUCUUUAUGUACACAGAGGUAAACUUACGUAUCAUGUUUAAAAAAACUUGCCUGGAGAAAAUAUCUGGUACAAAAACUGGUAAAUUCUGAUGUUUCUGAAUUUCUAGCCUUCUUGUUUUCUUGAAUUCACAAAACAAAAAUUUAGAAAGAGGAAAACUUGACAAGAACUUCUCUUUGUAAACCCGCACGUGGUAGUAAGGUGAUAUUGGUUCUAAGACCAAGGAUAUAAACUCGCUACAUCCCCGGUUUCGAUGCCAACAUGUGUUAACAUUGUGCAUGGUGGACUA